AUGAGGGUGAUUGGUGUGCAGCUGGAAGAGACAAGGAGGGAGUUGAGAAGGCAGGUGGAGGAGAGGGAGCGAGAGGUGGCAGCCGUGAAGGAGGAGUUGGCAGAGUCUAAGAGGAGGCGAGUGGCAGAGAUGAAUGAGAUAAGAGGGCAGGUGGAAGAGAGGGAGAGGGCGCUGGCAGUAGAAGUGGCCGCAGUGAAGUCAGAGCUGAUGGGAGUGAAGGGGGCGAUGGUUGACCACAAGGAUGCUAUGACAGAGAAACUGGACAUGGCUGAGAGAAGUAAAGAAACGGACCAGAGUGAAGGCGAUUUGAAGACAGCAUGGGAGCGAAUUAAGUCUGCAACUCGAGCAACUGAACUGAGCCUGGAGAAUCUCAACGGCCUUUCAGACGACAUCCUCGCUCACGUGUCCACCAUGAUCCAUCUGAAGAGCAUCAACUGUACUUCUGCCUCAGGCUUCAGUGCAGAGGCCAUCAAACACCUUUACAGGCUGACAGGGUUGGAGAAGUUAGACCUGGAUGGCACAAUCGUAUCCGACUGUGCCUUGGAAGGCAUCGGGUCCUUGACCAGUCUCAAAAUUCUCUAUCUCAUCAACACCAAUGUGACAGAUGCUGGUCUCCUGCACUUAACAGCUCUGUCUUCACUCAUAGAGCUGGGGCUUGGUGGAUGCACCGGGGUGACAAAUGCUGGCAUGGUGCAUGUGGGGAGGCUGACAGGGCUUGAGAGGUUUGGUGUGCAUAACACGGCAGUCACGGAUGAUGGGCUGCAGCAGCUGACUGCCCUGACCAAGCUUACAAAAUUUUGGCCGCCAGAAGGGGGCUGCCUUGAAAAUGAUGACAUAUGCAAGCGGAUAGGCAGGUAG